AUGGUCACAUGGGGAAUGGAAGGAGAAGAAAACCCAAGGGGGGCUGGGCUCGGGGGUAAAAAACAAAAAAGAGGAGGUGAGGGGAGGGGUAUAUGGGGUGGGGGAUUGGUCUGGGAGUGGAGGGUGGUGGCCAUGGGGGAAUGGGAGGAGAAGAAAAACCUGGAGGAGAAGGGAUGGGUUGGGGGAUGA